AUGUCGGCUGUAAACUCCCUUCAGCUUUCAGCGCGAACCGUAACUAGACGAGUGGAAAAUAUGUCAGAAGAUGUUGUUUCCCAGAUGAAGAUGGACUUACAGCGAUCUAUUUUCUUCUCCUUACAAUUUGACGAGUCCACAGAUAUUAGUGAUACGUCCCAACUAGCCAUAUUUGUCAGAAUGAUAUUCGAUGAUUUUACUGCUAAGGAAGAACUUGUUAAAAUUAUUCCUUUAAAAGGGCGGACUCGAGGUGUUUCUUCCGUUCAAGAUUAUUUUAUCUCUGAAAACAUUCCACUUCAGAAACUGGUUGGCAUUACAACUGACGGAGCCCUAGCGUUUACUGGAGUGCAUAACGGAUUCAUUGCCCUUUGCCGCAAAGAUGACACGUUUCCAAAUUUUUUAACAUACCACUGCAUCGUGCAUCAGCAAGCACUUUGUGGUAAAUUGUGA